AUGCCACCUAAAUUCGAUCCAAGUGAAAUUAAAAUUGUUUAUCUGCGUUGUGUUGGCGGCGAAGUUGGUGCUACAUCAGCCUUGGCACCGAAAGUUGGACCACUUGGCUUGGUAAGAAAGUUUUACUUGUUUAUUGUGCAGGAAGUAAUUGUGCCAGAAAUUGCGUUUGUUUGCGGGUCACCGAAAAAAAUUGGUGAUGAUAUAGCGAAAGCAACGCAAGAUUGGAAAGGUUUAAAGGUAACAUGCAAGUUGACGAUCCAGAAUCGUGUAGCCAAAAUAGAUGUUGUACCGAGCGCAGCAUCGUUACUUAUCAAAGAGUUGAAAGAACCUGCACGAGACCGAAAAAAGGCUUUGCAAUUGAAAAGACUGGUAACCGUUUUUCGGGUCAACAGCGAAUUCGUAAAGCAUAAUGGUGAUCUUACCGUGGAACAAGUUAUCAACAUUGCACGGCAAAUGCGACCACGUUCAAUGGCAAAGAAAUUAGAAGGCACCGUAAAGGAAAUAUUGGGUACAGCUCAGUCGGUUGGUUGCACAGUAAACGGACAGCAUCCGCAUGAUAUAGUUGAUGCCAUACGUAGCGGCGAUAUUGUCAUUCCAGAGGAAUAA